UUUUUUCAAACAUUAAUUGUGACACCCUAACCCGGUCGGGUACUACUAUUACUAAAAUGUCCUUGAUAAACCGUUAACCAAAAUAAAAAUCAAACAGACUGGGAAAAAUUAGCGGGAAACUUUAUUUAAAUAUCCAUAAUAAAUACGUUGAAAUUCAAAUAACAAUUUCUUGAAAUUUGCAUAAGAGGAAAUCAUAAACAUCUUUAAUAAAUGUGCAUCAAGUCUCAAGCCCUACUUAGUACACGAGAUUAAAAUCUUCGCACUAGAGUCCUCUACAGCCAUUGAUCCUUGUCACGAACUGUUGAACUUCUGCCAUACUCUAGAGCUUCUACAAUUCCUGAAUGCGGGCGAUGGGGUCAGUCCUAAUCCUAAUUUCGUUAUCAUACAUAAACAGACAGUCAUGCACAUGCAAUGCUUUAAGUACAUUAUUGGGUAUAUUAUUAGGAGUCCUUGAACUUAUGAUUCUUGUUUACUUCAUAAGUGUCUUGCGUAUUUUAUCUUAACAUGGGGCCCCUUCCUCCACUUAGCUAGAGCCCUGCUCGGCCACCUAAACGUGAUAAACAUGGACCUCCAUCACUGUGGGAGGUGAAUAACGUGAUAAUCAUGGACCUCCAUCACUAUGGGAGGUGAGGUAACCGCGCGCUAGCUAGGCGACCGUCCGGUACCUAAUACGUGAACUUGAACAUGGACUCCUUGUCUGAAGGAGUGGGUAGUAUACGUGGACUUCCUCACUCUAGGAAGUGAGGUGGCUGCGUGCUUGGCUAGUAAGUGAGGUUUGAUCUUUUUCUGACUUAUUAGCUUGAUAACUUAAUGUACUUGCUUGAAUCAAUCUCUCACACGAUGGAGAGAUGCACUUAAGCUUAUACUUGGUUCCUUAAUUUGAGAAGUUUGAGCUUACUUAGGGUGAUCUCUCCCACAAGGGGAAGAUCUGAACUUAUUAACUUGAACUUGAUUAGCUUAGAACUGAACUUGUAUUUGCUUGACUUACAACGUAGUUUAUUGAUGCUUCAUGAUGUUAUGCAUACUUAACAUAAAGACUGAACGUAAACAAAGUAACUUAACAUGAAAGCAUAAAGAAAUAAAAUAACAUAAACAAGAAGUGAAAUGCAUAACAUGAACGUAAAUGGAUGAUAACGAACUACUCUAGCCCCCUUUAACCACACACCUUAUUUCUCAAAUGGCUGACUUUGUCGGAUAUCCCGACUGAGUUUGAUCCAGCCCCCACUCGAUAAUUGGUACCCGCCAACACUUCUUGAUAUCCCCAAAAGUUGCCGCGGCGCAUCCCGUAGCAUUUGUUCGACUUCGUUCCACAUCAACAUAGAAUCAUGCCUUGCCAAUUGUAAUGCAGCAAUCGUACCCAGCUUUCCAUCAGUUAGUCACUAUAGUUAAAUUCCCCUUGACUUAUUGACACAUUCAUUGACGCACCCUAAUUUCUUAGAACAAUGAACCUGAAUCGAAACAAUGAACCUGAACCGACCAACAUUUGCUAAAAGAACUUGGAUUUCUCCACACAUAUAAUUCCAUCCAUCCAUCCAUGCAUGCAUACGCAUGAGGUUCCACCUACUUCCCCCAGCAGGAUCAUUUCAUAAUUUGCUUAACUUUUAUGCAUUCAAUAGUGUUACGUGAGUCCUUAAGUUGAAGUGAAAAGGAAGGUACAACUCCUUACCUCCAUCGUCCAGUCUGAAUUCGAACCUCGUCUUAGGCCAUCGUGCGACAGCGACACCGUCAUCUCCUGCCCGUACGUCAUGUACUUGAUACCAGCAUUCUACGCACGCCGUCGUGGUCAUGAGCUUCUCCACCAUCGUCAAUAACUAUGUUUUCCAAAGCGUCGUCAACACCGAAAGCCUCGACUAGGCUGCUGAUGGUCACGUUCUCUCUUUCCCUUGCUCCCUUCGAUCCCUUCUCCGCUACCAGAGCCUGCGCUGAUCGAGCUUUGAUGAUCGGCGGAGGGUGUUUAUGAGAAGAACAAUGGUGUGAUCUAGGGCUUUUAUCCACCGUUAGUCCUCGGAUUUCCUCUAGGGUUUAGUUUAGAGUAAAUAUAUAGUCAGUCAAUUACUAAGUCAUGGAGGGUAGUUUAGGAUUUUCAAAUAUAAGGAAGGACCGGGUGUUACAUUAAUUAUUAACCAAACAUUUUUUGUAUUAAUUUUUAUUAUCCAAACCUAUAACCUAUUGAAUUACUAAUAAUUAGUCAAAUAAUAACUUUCAAUUAGCAAUUUUGCUAGUAAUAUUGACUUGACAACAUGAUAGUAACUUGGAAGAUACACAUGGAGGCCAACACUCUAAAAAAAUUUAGUAUUUUAAAUAAGAAUAGAGUUACAAAAUAAUUAGCGAUAACGUAAGAAUGACUAAUAUUUGAUGCAUUACAAAAAAUUGACUAAUUAUUAGUAGUUUAUUAUGUUUGGCUUAUAAAAAAGAUUGCUAGCAUGAUUUGGCUAAUAAUCAAUGUUUACCUUUUUCUUUAUGUGCUAUUAAAAGAGUUUGUCGGAAAGAAAAAAUUCACUUCAAAACUGAAUAUGAUAUUCCAAACUAAAUAUGGAACUGCUGUGGAAAUCCGGGGUGAUAAAUGGGUGCCGGAGGCAGAGGCGGAUAACUUUCUAGUGACAUCGCCAGCCAUGAAUCUGGGUAUUUUUUCUAGAGUGUCAGAACUAAUUGAUCAUGAGAAUGGUACUUGGAAAUCUAACAUCCUACAGGAGUACUUCAAUCCCAUAGAUCGAGCCAGAAUCCUAAGCAUCUCACUUCUCAGAGUAGCUAGCCCUGACUAUCAGGACUGGUAUUUUGAAAAGAAGGGGUUGUACUCCUCAAAAUCUGCCUAUUAUGCGUGGAAAGCAAAGGAAAUGGAGGAGGAAAUAGCGGAGGAACAAGGCGAGCUCUACAUGAUAUUUUACUGACGAGUAAGAAUAUAGAGAAGAGAAAAAGGGAGGCUGCGAUGGAAUGCCCAUUUCGCAAUAUGGAAGAAACACACCAACACAUAUUCAGGCACACUGUGUGCAUGGGCGAGAAGAGCAUGGACUCCUACUGAGAUGCGAGGGUUUUUCGAAAGAGAAUCCACACUAUCGAGUUAGGCUUAGUUCUGUGAGCUAGCGGAGGAAGUGGAUGAUGAUGUGUUGGCUAAAUUGACAAUGGUACUAUGAAACCUAUGGAACGAACGCAACAAUCAUCUAUUCAACAAAAAGAAAGCAUAGAAGUGGGAAAUUGUGGGCAACGCGCUCAAGUUCUAGGAAGAAUUCAAAGCAGACAGACAGAAAGAUGAGGGACAGACAUUGAGUCAGAGGCAUAAAUGGAUGAAACCGUCGCCGAGAUGGGUGAAGGUAAAUGUUGAUGCAGCUAUGUUUGUUGGGGAAGGUUCUAGAGCAGGGGUGGUAGUGUGAGAUGCUUAUGGUCAAUGCGUGCUAGCGGCAGUGUAAAGGGAGCGUCACCAAUGGAACCCGGAGGUGGCGGAAGCCACUACAACAAAUUCGACCUAUUAGAUACUCAUUUUGUCAUAUUAGGUACUCAUUUUGUCAUAUUAGAUACUCAUUUUGUCAUAUUAUACCUAAUAUGACAAAAGGUUUGUCAUUUUAUCGCCGGCGGGAUAGGUCAAAUUUGACAAACAUUUAAAACAAAGUUGUGACAUUUGCUCCUCGUCCUACACACCUUGAGAGGAUUUUGGACAAACCUGAUUCAUACAAAAAAAAAAAGACAAUGCACACAAUUAGAAUUUGGAAAAGGCCAUUUGACAAUUUUUAGAGGACUCUGCAUAAACAUCAACAAGGUAAGACACUACCCAAAAAACAUAACCCUUGGAACACAAAUCCACUACCCAAUAAACUGCAAAAGAGAUCUGCAAACCAAUCACCCGUAGGUAAAUCCCUCAAUCUAAAUCCCUAAAAUCUACAUCCACAGUUUAAUCGGGAAUAGAGGAUAGAGUCGGGAAAGAUGGAUUAGAAGAAUCUCACUUAGAUCUGUCAACUUCUAAAGCCAGAAAUCCAAGCGUCAUCUCGUCAGUUCUUUCGCCAUCUUCGUCGCGUUCAAAGCUGCCUUGGCCGGCGUCUCGUCUCCUACGAGAUACCGUCACCAGUGGGUGAUCGGAGAAUCCAAAUAAAAAAAGUGUCAGAAC